AUGGUGUUUAAAUGCUGUGUACCCGGCUGCAAAAAUUACCAAAAAGAUGCUCAAAUGCAUAUUUUUCCGAAAAAUCAAGAGCUGUAUAAUGUUUGGAUUAAAAGGAUUGGCCAUCCCAAUUUACAAGAAAUGCCAAUGGAGAAGGUACAAAAAUCAUACCGUGUAUGUAAUGUCCAUUUUGGGCCAGAUGCACAAUACAUUGGACUAAUAAAUAAAUCCACUAUUAAAAAAGAUGCUAUUCCAUCUUUAUUUUUACCACCAAUUAAUAAUACGGUUAUGUGUUCUUACGAGAAAGAAACAAAGCGUAUUUUAGCCAUGUGGGCUGAAAUUGAGAGCGACGAUGGGAUAGGUGGACCACCUGAAGACCAAGAUGACGUUUUGGAGAACAAUGAUUACGACUCCAAUUCAGAGCAAUCAGAAGGAGAAGAGAUACCAGAUUUUAACGAAACUCAGCAAGAUCUAAAUACUCAAACUGACGCUGCACCUGAAGAAAGCCCAUUUGUAACACGAAAAUCCACAAAAAAUCAAAAAACACCAAAGAAAUCUAAACUUGAAGAAAUGCAUUCGGAUUUAUCCUUUUUAUCCAUGAUAGAACCAGCCAAAAUCUUUAUCAAUAAUCACGAACUACCAUUUCUACUGAACAGUGAACAAUUAGCCCUCCUACUAGACAACACUGCCGGCUAA